AAUGCAUUUACCAAAGCUUCACUGUCGCAAUUCAUCAGCCACUGUUCACAUUCCUUGGAACAUUCAAAUAACCGUAAGUACCAAAGCCUCUCAGCGACAGUCGCUGAAGUGAAAACAGGUCUGUUCUCCAUCGCAUGAAGGGGCUAACCUCAAAUAUUUGUUUACUCCGGAAUGUGUAUUUUUAACCGGACUACGAAUUAUUGAUUUGUAAUAAUAUAUCUCCAUAUUUUAUAAUAUUUUGAAGGACUCGUUAUUAAAAUUCCAAACUUCAACUUACACUUUUGAUUGUAAAAUGCCUACGACAAAGAGAACAGCACCAAAUAUCCUCAUAACAGGUACCCCUGGAGUGGGCAAAAGCACAAUGGCUGAGAAAUUAGCCCAAAGAACCGGCUUGAUCUGGCGGGAUGUCAGUAAACUUGCAAUUGACAAUGGAUGUCUGGAAGAAUAUGAUGAAGUGUACAAAUGUCCUGUGCUAGAUGAAGACACACUGUUGGAUAGCAUGGAGACCUACAUGGGCAAAGGAGGCAACAUCGUCGACUACCACGGUGCUGAUUUCUUCCCAGAAAGAUGGUUUGACAUUGUUUUUGUUCUUCGUACCAGCAACACAAUCCUUUAUGAUCGUCUGACAGCCAGGGGCUACCUGGGAAAGAAACUCGAGGACAAUAUUGACUGUGAAAUAUUUCAGACAAUUUUAGACGAGGCCAAAUCCUCAUACAAAGAGGAAAUCGUUCACGAAUUACAGAGUAAUACACAAGAGGAAAUUGAGGCGAAUGUUAAUAGGGUUUGUCAGUGGCUGGAGCAGUGGAAGCAAGAUAAUCAAGUUGUAUAAAUAAAGUCCUUUGAAGUAUUUAUUUA